ACACCAAUAUGUCGAAUAAAAUGGCGUCUAGCGAUUAGCAAGUGACGCUAUGUUUGUGAUGAUUUAAAAGUGAAAUUUAACAAAAUAUUAAUUGCUUAUAAGGGUACAAUUUAAAACAGUAUAAACAUAGAAAGUUUAUUUUCAGGUAUCCACGUGUUAUGGCUACACCAAACAGCUAUAAACAAAACACAUCAAUGUCGAUGCCAAGCCCACAAAAUAAUCCGCACUACAUGAUUGCGGGGCCCCCAAUGAGUUUCGGUAUGAUGAAAGGCGGUAUGAAUGCACCGCCGCCUAACCAAUACCAGUACCACCCUCAAUACCAGGGCGGGCCAGGCAUGGGCCCGCCGGGGGGGUACGGGUGGCAACAUCAGGCGCGUUUCGGUGCAGAGAGCGCGCGGCGCGCCGGCGGCUCCACGCAGAGCGCGCAGGCCGCCAAGGACGAUAAGACGAGCCCCUUCGUAUCCACGAUACACUCGCAUCCUGGCUUCCAACCGCAGAAGAUUGGGAAGGGCGCCGGUGGUGGUGCGGGUCUUCCGAAGCCACCGAAGCCUCCAGAGAAGCCCCUUAUGCCAUACAUGCGUUAUUCACGACGAGUAUGGGACAGUGUGAAAGCGGCCAACCCAGAUCUGAAGCUAUGGGAGAUUGGACGAAUUAUUGGAGGCAUGUGGAGAGAUCUACCUCAGACGGAAAAGUACGCUUUUGUUGACGAAUAUGAAGCUGAGAAGUCGGAGUACGAAAAGAGUCUGAAGACGUACCACAAUUCACCAGCGUACCUGGCGUACAUAGCCGCGAAGAACAAGGCUGUCGGUAAGGUUGGUAAUUUGGAAGAAGAAAGUUCGAGCAAGAAGGGGGGAUCCCAGAAGGAACAACAACAACAAGAUCGAAGAAUUGAUAUUCAACCAGCAGAAGACGAAGAAGAUCAAGACGAAGGCUUGUCAGUAAAGCAUGUGGCAUAUGCACGCUAUCUUCGCAAUCAUCGCCUCAUUAAUGAGAUAUUCUCGGACACCGUCGUUCCCGAUGUUCGCUCAGUAGUCACCACCGCUCGGAUGCAGAUAUUAAAAAAACAAGUGCAAUCCUUGACAAUGCAUCAGAAGAAGCUCGAAGACGAGCUGCAACAGAUAGAGGAGAAGUUCGAGGCCAAGAAGCGCAAGUUCAUCGAGAGCAGCGAAGCGUUCCAGGAAGAAUUGAAAAAGCACUGCAAGCCGGCGGUGGACGAGGACACGUUCGGGCGCAUGGUGGAGCGCGCGCUGGAGCAGCUGCGCCGCGGCGCCGCGCCGCCGCACGCGCGCGACCGCCCGCACGAGCCAAUGGAUCAGAACGCGAUAAAAGCUGAGUCCGGACCGAACGCACCGACACAGGUGGAUAAGGUUUCGACGACGGAAGUGAAACCGGACGCUAAUGUCACUACGGAACUAAAUAUACCGGAGGGCGAAGCGAAAGAGGCUGCACCCGAGAACAACGUUACGCAGGAAACCGAAGGUGAACGCAAAGAAGACAAACCAGUUGAGAUGAAAGUAGAGAACAGGGAAGUUCCAGGGCCAGCAACUUUGCCACCACAGUCACAAAUAACUUCACCAACACCCCCUGUAACCAUGAUGAUGCCUCCUAAUCCUAAUGCUCCAGCUCACCCAGCACCACCUCACGGAGGACCACCACCUCCACCAGGCGGUUAUGGCGCGGCAGGAUAUGGUGGCCGCUACUACCCGGGAUACGCGGGCGGCUUCCCCGCCUACCCGCACUACUACCCGCCCGACCACUACCCACCGCACCACGCGCCUCAUCCCCACCAUGAACUUAAGCCCGAGGAGCCACCGGCUAAGAAAGAGGCCGAAUGAUUGUCACCGAAACGCGUCGUGAAACGGCGCAGAAAAUCUUCAUCUAAGGAGACGCAGUAGAGUACAUCGAAGAUUUUCAGUGAUUUUAAAUCGGACAACUUAUGAAUAUAUCUCAAACACUUGUGAAAUAUCAUUAACGGGAUAUUUAUAAUUAGUGAGAAAGAGUGAAUAACGAAAAUUUCAUCUGAAUAUUUUUAACUAAACAAAGACUACAGGAAGAAUCUUCUUCGGAACUUAAUUCUUCCAUUUUUGGCAGGAAAUUGUUAAGUGACUGUUGUUGAUAUUAAAACAUUUAAUGUGAAUUACAAAUUUAAAAUCAAUCUUCUAAAAUUGUGAUUAUAUAAGGAAAGGUUCUCAAUAAAAUAGAAGUAAGGCGUUUAUGACUGUGUACUUUAGUUAGUGCGUACAUUAUUUAAGAAAUAUAUUCAAUAAAUCUUAGUGAUACAAUAAUCUGAUAAAACAUUUAUAGCAACAUCAUUACUCUAUACUGCAAACCAUUUAACUAAAAAGUAAUAAUUAGCAGAAGAUAUUCUUACACACAUCUUAAUUUUACAUCAAUGAUUUUGCAGAUACAGUGUGAAUAUAACAAUUGUUUAAAAUUAGGAUAAAAUUAUAUUGAUAAUACUUUAUUUACAUUUAGUAUGCUUAGAACCUAGGUAUAUAUUAAUUACGUAAUAAUAAAUUAGUUACUUAAAGUAUAACUUAGAUGUCAAAAGCGUGUAAAAACUACAAAUUGCAAAUGUGUUUAUCUGUUCUCCUCCAUCUGAAUUCUGUUGCUGUUUCGCCCAAAUUGCGCAAUUAUUGGGCGACCAUCCAAAAUUGUUCCGUUUACUUCUUCCAAAGCCUGUAUAGCUAAGUCCUCACCUGUGAAAUAAAAUUUGUAUCAAAA